AUGCCUGGCACUGUGGCAGACGGGCCGACGGUCUCUAUGUCUUUUGCCAACAACUUCUGGGGUAAAGAUGAUGCAGGUCUUCAACCUAUGCUGGAUCGCAUGCACGGUUCAAAGACUACAAGUGAUGAAUUGAAGGCCUUUUACAGCGUACGGGCUGCUAUCGAAGAUGAAUAUGCGCGAAAGUUAUCAGCGCUCUGCAGGAAGCCGUUUGGGACAUGCGAAUCUGGAUCGCUUCGAGUCUCGCUGGAUGUGGUCCGCGGAGAAACGGAAGCGAUUGCCAAAGCACACGCAGCGAUUGCUGGUCAAAUGAAGACUGAACUUGAAGAACCUCUCGGUGCUUUUGCCAGUGGACUGAAGGAGAGGCGAAAGAUCAUCCAAAAUGGGAUUGAACGUCUGCAUAAGAAUAAGAUGCAACAGACACAUGUGGUCAACAAGACUCGUGAUCGCUUCGAACAAAACUGCCUCCAGAUCAAGGGUUAUCUUGCCCAGGGGCAUAUGGUGAUGGGUCAAGAGGAACGGAAAAACAAAUCUAAGCUUGAAAAAACCCAGAUUCAGAUGGCAUCAAAUAGCCAAGAAUACGAGGCUGCAGUUAAGGUACUUGAAGACACGACCGGCCGCUGGAACAAGGAGUGGAAGGCUGCUUGUGACAAAUUUCAAGACCUGGAAGAAGAGCGACUCGAUUUCACUAAGAGCAGUCUCUGGACUUACGCAAACAUUGCAUCGACCGUCUGUGUGAGUGACGACGCUUCUUGUGAGAAGAUCCGAUUGUCUCUUGAGAACUGUGAGGUUGAAAAGGACAUUGUCUCGUUUAUUCAAGACCGCGGAACCGGCCAGGAGAUUCCUGCUCCUCCUCGCUUUAUCAAUUUCUGCAAGGAGGAUGACGAUGCAGCAUCGGAUAUCGAUGGAGCGGAUGGCUACUCGGUUGCUCAGUUCCAGCGAACAAUGAACCCUGCUUUCCGGACAUCUUCGCCACAACCAUCCACUUUCGAGUCCCACCAUGAUCCGCAGUCCGAUCUUGCGGCUCAAAUGGGCCAUCCGACUCCUCCUAUCGCCAACACACAGGAAGCGCCUCCUCAGCCCAUCCCACAGGAGCCUCCAAUGCAGCGUAUGCAGCAAGAGCCUCUCAUCCAGCGUCCUCCGCAAGACCCACAACUUCAGCGUGUUCCACAGGAGCCUCCAAUGCAGCGCAUGCAGAGCCAGCCGCCUUCUCAGGCCAUGCCACCACCACAGCAAAUGCCACAGCAACUACCCAUGCAAAGCAUGGCGCAGCAACCGCUUCCGCUUGACCUUCGCCGGGGUGGGCAACCGCCACCGAACUAUGAUCCGGAGCAGCAUGGUCAAAUCAAUAAGGUCCCCCAUAAUGCGUACCCUACCGAUGGUAUGACGAUGUUCUGCCGCACUGGUCCACCUUCCGAGCGUAGCUCUGCAGCUAGCGGAUACCGACCCUCUAGUCGUGAUUCGCAGAGUGAUAUAUCGAACCCUACUUCCGCGUCUAGUGUCGAACCUCCAGCCCCGGUUAUGAUGAAUCAGAAGCCAGCACCGCCGCUCCCAAGCGUGAUGAAGCAACAGUCCCCUCCUAAGCCCAUUCACAAUGCAUCCUCACCCAGCGCACAAGAUGACAUCGCGCCAAAGAAGAAGAGCACAUUUUUCAGUAACAGUCCAUUCCGACGAAAGAGCCGCCACGAGAAAGAAAGGCCGGUCAUUCCUGCUGCUCAGUCUGCUUCCCGAAGCCCAUGGAGCUCCCCUACAAAGCAGCAGUCUAGCCCGCCCAAGGCCAUACCGUCGCCAGCCUCGCGGCCCGACGCUCGCUCUCGUAGCCCCGAACCAGUCGACCCUAGGGCCAACUUCCAGCUGAAUGUGGGCAACAACGUUUUCGAUGUAGCUUCGCCUGACAAGAAUCCUUCGAAGCCGGGAUCCCAGCAAGCUAAAUCAGCUGAAGAUGACCUGGAUCCUAUUGCUAGGGCCCUCGCAGACUUGAAGACAACUGGCAAUGGUAAGCAGUCUAGCUUACGCGUAUCAGCCGACAGGUAUCACGGAAUCCAAACCCCUACGCCUUCAGCACCAACAUCAGCUUACGGAGGUAGUAGCGCUGCUGCCCCACCAGCAUAUAACGAUCCAUCUGUCAAGCGACUCGGUGCCCCCGAACCAGCAUUCACCGCAAAGCAGAUGCAAAAGACGACCCAACGAUACACUGGCCAGACUCAAAGUGUACUUCGAGGUGGCAGCAACAACCCGUCACCCACGAAGCCUCAAGAGGUUCCUCGCGCAAGAUCGCCAGCCCCACGACGUAGUGCUAGUCCCCAAGUGUCUCCUUCUCCUCGGCCUGAACCUCGCACUGGAUACGGCGGCGGUGGCGCCAGUCCAAGCCCAAGCACCUAUCACUCUGGCAGUGCUCGCAGCCGCUACAGUCAAUCGCCAACCCCCCGUCGAGCCCAAGAGCCCCCAUAUUCUCCCAAUGACUACGCGAGAAGAGCUUCGCCAGCUCCAUCGCAUCGUGCAGUAUCCCCCCAACCUCAAUUUCGACAGCAGACUCGUCCAUCUAGCGCUGGGGGAAUGGAGUUGCAGCUUUCUGGUAGCGAGUACGGAGGCGGUAGUCCAUCUGGUUAUGCUCCGAGCCGAAGCGAUAGCCGUUCCCGGUCAUACUAUGGUGGUGAUAAUGGUGCUCCCCCUGUUGGUCGCUCUAGGAGCCGCACUGUUGCUGUUGCCGAGCCAGGACGGAAAUUCAGUCGUGAUGGACGCCCCAUCCUUCACUUUGCGCGCGCAAUGUACGGCUACAACGCUGCUAUCCCUGAAGAGCUCGGCUUUGGAAAGGGCGAUUGCUUAUCUGUCAUCCGUCUCCAGGAUGAUGGUUGGUGGGAAGCUGAAAUCACCAAUGCCCGUAGCCAUCCUGGCCUAGUCCCCAGCAACUACUUGCAGAUUAUCUAG